GCAGAAGGGAGUAAUUCGUAAGAAGAUCUAUACAAGGGGUUCUUAUUCUAGGAUUUUAAUUAAAGAUAAUGAGUUUCCCUGUGAUUCCCAGGUGGAGCAUGACAGAAAAAUGCUGACUUCCACAAGCAGACGUUGACUCUGAUGCACUGGUGUCCCACCGUUACUGUCUCUGUGUAUCCUAAAGACACACUCAGCUCACAGAGAGGCAUUGUUUCUGCACGUCGUAAGAUAACUGGAUUUCAGAACUGAAGCCAGGACAAUGUGUACUUUUAAUUACAGUCUAAGAAUUAAUUUCAGAUGUGGAAGACAACAAAAAUAAAUGGAAAAGCUGCAAGUCAUUUAAUGACCAAAUAAGGUCUUCAUUCUCAUGAUUUAUCUGAUAUGCUUCUCCUGGAGCCAUGGAUGAAUACAACCGCUUUGUGGAUUGGGACAAAAUGGAUGUUACUGCCCAGAGCCAGGAUGCGAAGGAGCUGACCUGCACGGAGUUCCAGGAGCUCAAGCAGCUGGCCCGGCAGGGCUACUGGGCCAAGAACCACUCUCUGAGAGCCAAAGUGUACCACAAACUAAUUAGCAGUAUCCCCUGCCGCACAGUGACCCCCGAUGCAAACGUGUACCGGGACAUUGUUGUGAAGAUCGUUGGAAAACGUAACAGCAGCUCCCUUCCCCUGCCAGAGUUUGUGGAUAACAGCCUGGUCCCCACCUACUGCCUGAACGCAGAAGGCAUCGGGGCCGUCAGGAAGAUCAUACUGUGCAUUGCAAACCAGUUCCCAGACAUAUCAUUUUGCCCAGCACUGCCUUCUGUGAUAGCUUUGCUCCUGCACUACAGCAAGGAUGAGGCAGAGUGCUUUGAGCAGGUUUGUCGCAUCCUUGCUUGCAAUGACCCAUCCAAGCGGCUCAUUGACCAGACGUUCUUAGCUUUUGAGUCCUCCUGCAUGACCUUUGGCGACCUAGUGAACAAGUACUGCCAGGCAGCACACAAGCUGAUGGUGGCCGUGUCGGAGGACGUGUUGGAGGUGUACUCCGACUGGCAGCGCUGGCUCUUCGGAGAGCUGCCGAUGGUGUACAUCGCUCGGGUCUUUGAUGUGUUUCUGGUGGAGGGCUACAAAGUUCUCUAUCGCGUUGCACUGGCUCUUCUGAAGUUUUUUCACAAAGUCCGAGCUGGGCAGCCCAUGGAGUCGGACAGCGUACAGCAGGACAUCCGGGCUUUUGUGAGAGACAUCGCCAAGUCGGUGUCACCAGAGAGGCUUUUGGAAAAAGCCUUUGCGAUCCGCCUCUUCUCACGGAAGGAGAUCCAGCUCCUGCAGAUGGCCAACGAGAAGGCUUUGCAGCAGAAGGGCAUCACGGUCAAACAGAAAAGUGUUGCGUCUCCCAAAAGGCAGAAUGUGCACUUGGCAGUUCAUGCUGAGAACUUCAAGUCUGAAAUUGUCAGUGUGAAAGAGAUGCGAGAUAUCUGGUCAUGGAUCCCAGAGCGAUUUGCACUUUGCCAGCCCCUCUUGCUUUUCACCACCUUGGAGCACGGCUGUAGUCUGAGCAGGUUCUAUUCUCACAGUGAGGGACACGAACCAACUCUUCUCCUCAUCAAGACCACAGCAAAAGAGGUCUGUGGUGCUUAUCUGUCAACGGACUGGAGCGAGCGCAGGCGAGGGGGGAACAAGCUGAGUUUCUUUGGAACCGGGGAGUGCUUUGUAUUUAGGUUGCAGCCAGAAGUGGAACGCUACGAGUGGGUGAUCAUAAAACACCCAGAGCUGGCCACAACUGGUUCAGAGCCAGAAAAUCACGCCCCGUCAGCUUCCAGCACUCUCUCCUCUGGCAGUGUCCCACCAGACCCUUCAGAUCGCCUCUCUCCCUUCUUAUCAGCUCGGCACUUCAACUUGCCUUCCAAAACAGCCUCCAUGUUCAUGGCUGGCAGCAGCGAAUGCAUCAUUAUAGGAGGGGGUGAUGGCCAAGCUCUCUACCUCGAUGCAGACCUGAACCAUGGAAGAACCAGCCACUGCAAUACUUUCAAUAACCAGCCCUUGUGCUCUGAAAACUUCCAGAUCUCUGUCUUGGAGGUGUGGGGCUUCAGGGACACCAUGAAUGGUUGAUGUGACUAUCAUUAAUCAAGAACCUUUUCAGUUGUCUUAGAAUUCCCAAGGCAAAUUCUAAUGCAGGAACCAAGUCAGAACAUAAUUUCUGCUGGGCUCAGUGUUUUUCAGUCAUUACGAAGCGAUGCACUCGAAUGCAGGGCUUAGUUGUUUACCGUUAUUUUAUUUAAGACAAAUCAAGGUGAAGUAAUGUAUCUGAUUAACUCAGCCCUUUACCUUUAGAGAUCUGGAUUCAGGUUCUGUUAUUAGAUAAAAAUCAAAGUGCAAUGAUUUCAAACCAUCCUAAAUGGAUACAAGUCCAUAUCACAGAUUGGGUUUGCAGUUUUCUGCAGUCCCUUGGAGGCAGAGCUGGCUGAGGUGUUCAGCAGAGCUCUGUGCCACUGGCACCAAGGUCAGCCUUGAGCCAGAAAUAUCAAAUGUCAGCUCACAGGGAACUUUAAUGACCUCAGAUCUGACAUAGAAAAGUAGUUCAUAAAAUCGUUGCCCUACUGUAAGCAGACAUUGUGCAGACAAAUCAGUACCAUUCCUUAAGUUAUAAAAGCCCUCGGUUCCCACAAGAGCUGUGAUGGCUGAUUAUCCUUCUCCUUGUACCUGAACCCUUGGCACAUUCCAGUCACAUCCGUUUGAGGAGUCUGCCUCUGAGGAAGGCAUCAGACUGGACAAUGAGAUCUCAAAGGCUUGAUUUUGUUUACAUUCCUAUUCCAUAUCAGUAUAAUGACUUCAAACUGACUCGUGUUUCAGACAGCUGAAAGCCAGAGCGUACAUGCAGUGCUCAGAAACUUCCUUUCCUUUGUCUUUCCGGGAAGCUGAAAUGAAGCUUUAAAUCUGAGAAUAACUGUGCUGAUAUUUCUACAUGUUUGGGGAGUUAGACAUGGUGAUACAGAAGCUAAUGGUCUCCCCACAAGAAAAUGAAGGGAAGUGGGAGGGAAAUCUGCUGAGUAGUAAUUAAUGUGGGAGGGGACGAGUUUCCCAGGAGAGCUCUGGGUGAUGCUGUUCCUCCAUAUCAUGAGUCUUCCCAGGGAUGAGAUCCUGAAAAAGGUCACAUUUUUUGGCCAGCAGUGUCUGGUAGGGUUGGGCUGAUGCAAAACAGCUUUUGCUCAUUCCUGAGAAAUACACACAAGCACGUCUUGUGGCACACGAUGGCCAGAGACAGUUACCCAGUGUCUUUAUCUAAAACUUGUCAUAUCUGGUGUAGAGCUUCUCCCUUGUGAAGCACAAGUAUGUAAACAUCAGUGGGUAGUCCCGAGCAUACGACAGGCUGCUCUCAAAGCUUCACUGGAUAAUUUGCUAGUAAGAAGAUCUACCACAAGUAAAAUGAGGGGAAAGAGGGAAUUGCUGGUUUUUUCAGCAGUUCAAUCUUAAAAAAAUGCUUUAGGGUGGGAAAGUGUUACUUAAACUUGAAGUUUAUUAAAAGGAAAAAUUAAAAAUUUAUAGUGAUAAAAUCUCAGCUAGGCUGGAGAGGGCCAUGUUAAUAAUUCAGAGGUCACAGUCUUGCUGGCAAUGUUGGUUUGUUUAGCUUGCCAUCAGUGAAAAUACUGUGGGUCUGGCUAAAGUGUUGCCUCUAGCAAAGUAUAUAAAGAAACUUGGAAAAAAUGUGAUUUUUUUCUUAAGGUGCCAUUUAUCACUUUUGUCAGAAUAACUCUUUGAAACAUUAGACUGCAUAUACAGUUCAAGAUGUCUUUUGCACCAUUUAUUUUUGCAGUUCAAUUAUUUCACCCUGUUUGAGAGUCGGCCCUGGGCCUCUCUUUCCCACAUCCCACUCCAGUGAGUUCUGUCCAUCUCCUUUUCGUGCGUUUACCGUAAGCUCAAUUGAACUAGAAGGGCAGAUAUAAUUCAGUUACAUUUAUGUAAUUUGGUGGGAAAGAACUUGAACAGUUGUAGCUGACUUUUUACAAAUACCAGCUGAUACUGCCUUUAAUUAUUUUUUCAAAGCUAGCUCAAUCACUUUGCACUUGCUGGUAUCCCACAAGCGUCCUCACGCAAAACAAAUAACUCCAAAAAUGUAUCCCAUUUAGUAGGUUCUCUUAAGUGGGAUUUCAUUUUUGUCCCUGUCUCUUUUCUUGAAUUUGUUUGAGGUGUCCUUGGGAAAGAAAAAAAAAAAAGGCAAACCAAAACACAGUAGCAUUAAUUUUCAGCUUGUUAAUUUGUCAGAAAUUUCCUCGAGCUGUGUGUUGGCAGGAUUUGUGGGACUUUAGUAUUACACUCAAAAUGAAUGGUUUUUAUCUGCAAAAUCUUUCCUGCAGCUGGCAGCGGUGAUGUGAUUUUUCUCCCCAUCCCUGUAGAUGCAGCUGUGUCAGCGAAACCCCAGCGCUACACUGCGUCCUAAGCCAUAUCUGAGAAAAGCUGUUCCUUUCCCUGCUCUACUCUUAGCGCGCAGGGAUUGGGGUGUUUGAAGUCAGAAAUAACUGCUAGUUGCUCAGAAAUUCGUCAUAGGAAAUUUAUGUGAGACUCCAAGGAGCAGCAUCAGUGUGGUUUAGGCAUCUGAGUUUCCAACGUCUUUCAAAAGUCAAUCACAGGCCUCAGCUCAGCUUCCCUUGGGUCUGGCGAGUACAACUUCUGCCCCCCCCCAGCAGUGAAGAUCCACAAAAAAAACCGUUUUGGUAGCUUUUCUGAGCAAUUUGAGCCAUGGCCUGCAUGAGUUUGCAAAUCACAGCAGUGGUAACAGGGUUAAGAGGUGAUACCCCUGCUGACUGUUCGUAUCGCUCUGGAGGCACACAUCAGUGAUGGUUUCAGUCUGGUACAGCACUGCCCCGCUGCGCUGCCGACGUCCUGCCCGGCCGGGGGGGUGUGUGUGUGUGUCUGUGUGUGUUAAAUUUGAGUAGCCUGAAUAAGAAAGACGCUGCAAUAAUCUAGCCAGAGGAAUUGUACAGUGCUGUGUCAUCUUCAUACAACCCAGUAAAUAUGAAUGCUCCUUUCCAUGUGCAGAUCCUCAUGUGUAGUUCUCGUUAUGGUUGUGAGACACCUUGGCAGAAUUGCAUUGUGUCUUGAAUUUCUUUCCAGUAGCAAAGAGGCAUUUUUUGUCUGUGUAGUUAAUGGUUGUUGCUGACCAAGUGUAUAUCAAAGUUCAGUUGAUUAAGCCAACAGUUUGUUACAUGUAAAACACUUGAGAUGGAGACCACAGGGUGGGUUUUGAGACAAUGACUACAAUGGGCAACUCAUCAGAAGGUUUGACUCAUCUGCAGUGCCCUGGCUGUGAAGUGCUGUGGUCACAUUGUAACCAAACAGCCGUUGAUGUAGUUUGUGGUCCUUGUUUGCCAUCCCACUGGCCGCAGUGACAGCAAGAGGCCUGGAGCUGUGGAGCUGAAGGCUGGGCAUCAGCUACCACAGUUCUGCAAGAGUGUAUUUGCUUUCCUGAGAAGCCAUUUUUGCUUUGGGAUAUUCUCUUCAAGGCAGAAAAGACUGGAAACUCUGAACAUCAGAAACUUGAAUUUAUUGUAAAUGACAUUCAAGCUGUUCCCAGCCAUCGGGUGGGCUGGUCAGACUUUGUCACCACACAUCUAAAGAUCAUGCACUUUGACACACUCCCUUUUCGGAUCAAGCAUGUUAAUUGGUCUCCUAUUCAUAGAGACCAAUUAACAAAGGGAAGGGAAAAACUCCCAUUUCCUCUGUGCUGAGAUUUCAGCUUCAGUUGAAGACAGAUUGGAGGGGCGAGUAGUACUGUUCUGUAAAGGGUUAAACUCUAUGCCAAUAGAGAUCUGUGUGGAGCCAUGGAGGGGUAGCACCUCAACUGCUAUUUGUGUGUGUGCGUUGAAAUUGUUUGCUCUGUCUUGGAAAUCCCUCCUGGGUUUGGAUGGGGAGUGAUCUCUGCCCACAGAGACCCUGAGCGGCCGCCGGUGGGCACCUGGAGCUCUGUGGCAGCCGUGGCACUGGAGGAGCUCAGCCCGGUGGUUGACUGGGCAGCGUGGGCACCCGGCUGGGAGCUCUGUGCUGCCCUGCUGUCAGCUGUCUGUCCUGCCUUUUGGACUAGUUGAGAUGAGCGUGUGUAUUAUUUGGGGUGAUGCUUGUCUUCAGAUGACUGGUGGUGUGCUGCUAAAUUGGUUUUCCUACCCUACUGUUGGCAUCGCUCCCCUACAUUGAUGGUAUUUUUGUCACUGUGCAGAGUCUUGGAUUGUAUUAAAAGGUGUUUGACUGUGAAGGCAA